AUGGCGACCCAGACGCUAGAUGCCGCGAGCUCGAUCGCUGCACCUCCUGCGCCGGCACCAGCCGGCAAGGGAGGCGCGCAGUCUGGCAAGAAGAAGAAGAGCCGUCGCCGCCAAGAGAAGGAGCUUAGGUUGGCAGCCAAGCACCGCCGUCAAGAAGCUGAAUACCGGUACAUCAACAACCCGCCCAAGCCGGAGGAUAUGUGGAUUUGCGAAUUCUGCGAGUACGAGCGCAUCUUUGGCGAGCCGCCUUACGCCCUGAUCAAGCAAUAUGAGAUCAAGGACCAGAAAGCUCGCAGAAAAGAGGCGGAGCGGAAGCGGCUGCUGGAGAAGGCCAAGGCCAAGAGCCGAAAGGCCAAGAAAGCAACUAAAUCCCUCGGUAAGACGGCAUCGCCUCAGAGCCAGCAGCAGGCCGGCUCAGCUGAUGCGCCGGCGGGACACACAACCAAUCCUGGCUUCACCACCGACGAAUACAUUGAGGAUAUUGAGGGAGAUAAUUUCGAUGACUCAUACUCUCAAGACGAUCCACCGAUGCUACUAAGCGAUGAUCCGGAUGACCCAUGUCGCGAUCCCGAUUGCAACGACUGUCAUGGAGCGUUUGAGGAUUUGGACGAUCCCGGCGACGAACAUGAACCCGGAGACGAACCUGGUGAUGAACUCGGCAACGAUUCAUAUUCACCAUCAUAA